AUGAUUGACGGUGUUACUUUUAUUAAAACACCAGCUGCUAAACCACAGCCCCCAGCAUCGGAUAAAUGUGGUGUUUGGACUACUGAUUCCCCAACUAUUCACAAUGCCCCUUUACCAGCUGAUGGUCCUGGCUCAAUUUCAUUUUCAAACUGGAUUUUACUAAGUAUUUUGAGUUUAGUACCUGGUUACAUCACCUAUAAGCUUGGUUUAGGAUUCAAGACAUGGGUUUUCUUUUUCAUUUUGUUUGCUUUACCUAUUUUGAUGGCUUAUUGGCUAGUUAUGUCCACUAUUUCGCCAAGAAUCAAUGAGAAAGUAAAGUACCCAAAUAGACCAAUCUCAUACUAUUUGGAAUACCAUACUCCUGAAUUGAAAGCCAAAUAUCAAGAUUCAAACAAUGGACAAGGUACCAAAGUCCCAAUUGAGACAUUUCAAGAAUUGUUUUUUGAUGGGAAAGUUUCGUUCAAAGGAGAUGCUUUAGAUGUUAUGGAAUAUAAGCAUGAAUGGGCAAACUUUAGAUUCACUUGGGGAUUAUUCAAGUUUUUCUUAUUUGGUAUGAUUCCAGAAGUUAUUUUCCACUCGCAAUCACAAGAUGAAGAACAAGUUGGGGAGAAUUAUGAUCGUGGAAAUGAUUUCUACUCUUGGUUCUUGGGUCCAAGAAUGGUUUACACUUCUGGUGUCAUUAGUGACAUUACUAGAGAAGAAACCUUGGAGGAAUUACAAGAUAACAAAUUGAAAGUUAUGGCUGAAAAAAUUGAUUUGCAAAAAGGCGAUUAUGUCUUGGAUAUUGGAUGUGGAUGGGGUGCUUGGGCAAACUAUGCUUCCACUCAGUAUGGCGCUAAAGUCACCGGUAUUACAUUGGCUAAGAAUCAAGUUGAAUGGGGUAACCAAUGGUUGAAGGAUAAUGGUGUACCACCAGAACAAUCUGAAAUUAUUUGUUGUGAUUAUCGUGAUGCACCAAAAUCCGGUAAACCCAAUGGUAAAUGGGACAAGAUUACUUCAGUGGAAAUGGCCGAACAUGUUGGUAUCAGAAGAUUAACUGCUUAUUUGGAACAAUGUAGAGAUGCAUUGGAAGAUGAUGGAUUGUUCUUUUUGCAGUAUUCAGGAUUAAGAAAGAAUUGGCAAUAUGAAGAUUUGGAAUGGGGAUUGUUUAUGAAUAAAUACAUCUUCCCUGGUGCUGAUGCUUCUACACCUUUGAGUUUUGUUGCUAGUUGUUUUGAAUCUGUUGGAUUUGAGAUUGUUAGUGUUGAUAACAUUGGAGUUCACUACUCAGCCACAAUUUGGAGAUGGUACAGGAACUGGAUUGGAAACAAGGAUAAAGUCGUCAACAAGUAUGGAAUCAAAUGGUACAGAAUUUGGGAGUUUUUCUUGUCAAGUUCUGUGGUUGCUAGUAGAAAUGGUACUGCAACUUGUUACCAAUUUGUGUUGAGAAAGAACCUUAACUCAUACAGAAGAAUUGAGUAUGUACCAAAACAACAAGGUCUUCAAGGAGCUAUUAAUGGAGGCAGCAAGUGGACUAAAGAGUUUACCAACUGGCAUUAA